AUGGCUGUCCUUGCUAAUGAAACCACAAAGACCCCCGCUGCUCCUCUACCUAACCCGCGGGACAAUGCUAAACCUGAUAACUACAUCACAAAAUUUAAGGGUAAACAAGACACCAAGUUUGUUGAUCCUUGCGAACGCGCUUCGAAAGCAUCGAUGGAUUGCAUGAACAGACAUGACUUUGAUAGGGACAAAUGUCUUGAUUUCUUCCGAGCGUACCGGGAUUGCAAGAAGGACUGGCUGGAUCAGAGGAGGGCAGACCGUCGUGCUGGACGGCCUUCAGUAUGA